AUGACACCACAACAUGGUGAAGCGACGGGUUCUGAUGGGAAUGAAACCCGCAAUGCUGGAAAGAAGAGAGCACCCUCGAAAGAUGUUCUCACAUCCAUCCAGGAGAAGGUUACCAGGCUCGAGGGUUCCAUGACGGAAGCCAAGGUAGUGCUGGAUGUGCUAGAGUCCGUAGACCUUGAAAGGCUGGGAUCGUUGGAUCUCGAUAAGCUGGAGUCCUUGGAGAGUAUCAGGGAGGAGGUUCAGGAUUCACUCAACGAGUUGGAUGUGAAGGCAACUGAUCGAGGUGAUUCCUUAGAAGCCAUGGUAGUGGCUUUAAGGAAGGAAGUUGAGGAACUCAAGAGUAAGGGUUCCGAUUCUGAGGUGGUCGAGCUAAAGAGGGAGGUCGAGUUGCUCAAGACCGAGUUGUUGGUGUGCAAAGCUGCGUUCGGGAACAGCGUAGCCACGGUUGCACCCAAAGCCUUGGGUGACAUCCCUAAGCCGGAGAAGUUCAAAGGAACCAGGUCCGCCCAGGAUGUUGAGAAUUUCCUUUGGGGGUUGGACCAGUACUUUGCAGCCACGGGCAUCACAGAGGAUGCCAAGAAAUGGCGACGCAGAUGCAACGAUGUGAAGCGUGGGAACGCUGCCAUCGAGACCUGGGUAGAAUUUCAAGUUGAGUUCAAGGAACAGUUCUACCCAGAGUAUGCUGAGGAUGAGGCGCGAUCCAAGUUGAGGCAUCUCAAGCAAGAAGGGUCACUGAGGGAGCAUGUUCGAAAGUUUGUCGAACUAAUGCUCCAAGUCCCAAAUUUAAGUGAAGAGGAUGGGUUCUUCACCUUCAUGGAUGGGUUGAAACCAUGGGCGAAGAACGAGCUAAGGCGACGAGGAGUUAAGGAGCUCUCGGUUGCCUUGACGACGGCCGAGUCAAUCAUUGAGCUUGGCGUCAAGAAGGUGGACUCCAAACCAAAGCUGAAGUUCCGAGGUAGCAGUGGUGAUAGGGACAAGGCAUCCAAAUCCGACAAAGAUUCGAGUGGCAAUGGCAAGCCAUCGAAUGGUAAGCACUCGGAUAAGAAAGACAAGCAAAUUAUCCAGUGUUACAACUGUAAGGGCCAAGGGCAUUUGGCGAGGGACUAUCCGCAGAAGAAUAAACUCUCGGCCAUCAAGGAGAAAGAUGGGGAGGAGAGUGAGACUCUAAAGCUUGGAUCCAUCCUUAGCACCAUGGAGGUCAAGAAGGGUCGAAAGAAGAAAGGGUUGAUGUUCGUUGACAUCACCAUUGUUGGCCAGAAAUUGAGUGCACUAGUGGACACCGGUGCCUCCGAGUUGUUCAUGUCAGAACCAGUUGCCAAGAGACUUGGUCUUUAUGUCGAGAAGGCUUUUGGUUCUAUCAAGACCGUCAACGCCAAAGAGGUUCCGAUUGCGGGGGUCGCAAAGGGAAUUGAGUUAACUGUUGGAGGUUGGUCCGGAACGGAAGCCAUCAAGGUGAUUCCUCUUGAUGACUUCGACUUCGUGCUUGGGUUAAGUUUCUUGGACCGAAUCAAUGCUUUCCCAGUACCUUUUGCCGAUUGUUUGUGCAUCCUGGAUCCAAAGCAACAGUGCAUUGUUCCAGUGAGCCGAGGGCCCGGAAUAGGGGCCAAAGUUCUAUCCGCAAUUCAAUUCUCGAAGGCGGUGCGCAAGGAGGAACCGUCCUUCUUAGCUGUCUUGGUGUGUGAGGAGCCAACCACAACCAAGAAAGUUCCUGACGUGGUGAGCCACGUGUUGGCAGAAUUCCAAGAUGUGAUGCCUGUCGAGUUGCCUAAGAAGUUGCCUCCAAAGAGGGAGGUGGAUCACAAGAUUGAGCUUGUGCCGAAUGUGGAGCCACCUGCUCGAGCUCCUUACCGAAUGGCUCCGCCCGAGUUGGAGGAGAUGCGCAGACAGUUGAAGGAUCUCCUCGAUGCCGGGUACAUCCGACCAUCCAAGUCCCCCUAUGGUGCCCCAAUGCUAUUUCAAAAGAAGCACGAUGGUUCUUUGCGGAUGUGCAUCGAUUACCGGGCUUUGAAUAAGCUCACGGUGAAGAACAAGUACCUGAUUCCUCUCAUUGCGGACUUGUUCGAUCAGCUUGGUGGUGCAAGGUGGUUCACCAAGUUGGAUUUGCGAUCGGGCUAUUACCAAGUUAGGAUAGCCGAGGGAGAUGAACCGAAGACAGCCUGCGUGACUAGGUACGGUUCGUAUGAAUACCUUGUGAUGCCCUUUGGCCUCACGAAUGCUCCAGCCACUUUCUGCACCCUGAUGAACAAGGUGUUGCAACCUUUUCUGGAUCGAUUCGUUGUUGUCUACCUCGACGACAUCGUCAUCUACAGCAAGACGUUGGAGGAGCAUGUUGAACACUUGAAGCAAGUGUUUCUGGUGUUACGAGAGAAUGAGCUCUUUGUCAAAGAGGAAAAGUGCUCAUUCGCCAAAACGGAGGUUCCUUUCCUUGGCCACAUUAUUGGAGGUGGCAAGAUCUGGAUGGAUAGGGACAAGGUUCGAGCCAUUGAUGAAUGGCAAGUGCCAACCAAGGUGACGGAGCUGAGAUCAUUCAUGGGGUUGGCCAACUAUUACCGGAGGUUUGUCAAAGGUUACUCAAAAAUCGCAGCCCCCUUAACCGAGUUAUUGAAGAAAGAGAAGGCGUGGGAUUGGGGCCCGAAGUGUCAAAGUGCCUUUGAUGAAAUCAAGCUUGCUAUGAUAAACGAGCCAGUUUUGGUGUUGCCAGAUCACACCAAGCCCUUUGAAGUUUUCACCGAUGCAUCUGACGUUGCCAUUGGUGGGGUCCUGAUGCAAGAGGGACAUCCGGUUGCUUAUGAAAGCCGGAAGCUCAAUGAGACCGAGACGAGAUACACGGUCCAUGAGAAAGAGAUGACUGCAGUUGUGCACUGUUUACGCACAUGGCGACAUUACUUACUUGGGUCCAAGUUCGUGGUGUUUACAGACAAUGUUGCCAACAGUUACUUCUUAACCCAGAAGAAGUUGUCACCGAAACAGGCUCGUUGGUAA